CCGGCGCCCCGAGCCGGCCCGGGGACCGGCGGCGGUGUGGGGGGGCCGGCGUCGCCGACGGCCUCCGUACGUGUCGGCGGAGGUGGCUUCGGCAGGUGGAGCCCGGGCUGCAGCUAAAAACACCGGGAUUAUAUAUAAAAUAUCAGAAGACUGGAAGGUGGAGAAAAGAAUGUGGAGCAACCAGGGACCCUGGAACUCCCAGAACAACGUAGUGAUCUGCCCUAAAAGAAUGGUCAACAGAAACUCUUCAAAGAAAGGAUAUGAUAAUGGAAGGAAACCUGUAACAUCAGGAAUGAAGAAAGAACAAAAAGAGUAAAAUAUGGACUAGAAAAACCUAGAGUGCAUUACAUCUGCUGGGUGCGAGGGUGUGUGUUAAAUGAUAUGUGCAUAUGUGUGUGCCCAGCCUUGGACGAGGGUAGGCCAGAAGAGAUCAUGCCUUCCAAACGGCCUUCACCCAAGCCCGACAGUGGAUAGACCUGUAUCCCAGCUUUCCCAAAGCAGUGCCCUGCUCACUGGCGUGCCCUGUAUUGGCUUUCGUCCCCUCUCUGUCUGACUUUUCCACUCUCCUGUGGUUGCCGGUCCUCGGGGUACCCAUAGGGAUGGGUGAAGCCCGCCUGGCCUGUGGCCCCUCCCAGCAGCCAUCACCGCGCUAGGGCCCCGCAGCAGCGCUAGGAUGCACCUGUCGGCGGUGCUCAACGCCCUGCUGGUGUCCGUGCUGGCGGCAGUCCUGUGGAAGCACGUGCGGCUGCGGGAGCACGCGGCCUCUUUGGAAGAGGAGCUGGCCCUCAGCCGACAGGCCCCAGAGCCGGCCGCAGCCCUGAGGAUCGACUACCCAAAGGCCCUGCAGACGCUGAUGGAGGGCGGCACACACAUGGUGUGCACGGGCCGCACGCACACAGACCGCAUCUGCCGCUUCGAGUGGCUCUGCUACUCCAGCGAGGCCGCGGAGUUCAUCUUCUUCCACGGCAACUCGUCUGUCAUGCUGCCCAACCUGGGCUCCCGGCGCUUCCAGCCAGCCCUGCUCGACCUGUCCACCGUGGAGGACCACAACACCCAGUACUUCAACUUCGUGGAGCUGCCCGCUGCCGCCUUGCGCUUCAUGCCCAAGCCAGUGUUUGUGCCCGACGUGGCCGUCAUCGCCAACCGCUUCAACCCCGACAACCUCAUGCACGUCUUCCACGAUGACCUGCUGCCGCUCUUCUACACCCUGCGGCAGUUCCCCGGCCUGGCCCAGGAGGCCCGGCUCUUCUUCAUGGAGGGCUGGGGCGAGGGCGCGCACUUCGACCUCUACAAGCUUCUCAGCCCCAAGCAGCCUCUCCUGCGGGCACAGCUGAAGGCCCUGGGCCGGCUGCUGUGCUUCUCCCACGCUUUCGUGGGCCUCUCCAAGAUCACCACCUGGUACCAGUAUGGCUUCGUCCAGCCCCAGGGCCCAAAGGCCAAUAUCCUAGUCUCGGGCAACGAGAUCCGGCAGUUUGCACAGUUCAUGAUGGCCAAGCUGAACGCGAGCCGCUCGGCGGCCCCCCUAGGGGAGGAGUACAUUCUGGUCUUCAGCCGCACCCACGACAGACUCAUCCUGAACGAGGCCGAGCUGCUGCUGGCGCUGGCCCAGGAGUUCCAGAUGAAGACGGUGACGGUGUCCCUGGAGGACCACACCUUUGCAGAUGUUGUGCGUCUGGUCAGCAAUGCCUCCAUGCUGGUCAGCAUGCACGGGGCCCAGCUGGUCACCACCCUCUUCCUGCCCCGCGGGGCGACUGUGGUUGAGCUCUUCCCGUAUGCCGUCAACCCCGACCACUACACCCCCUAUAAAACGCUGGCCACGCUGCCUGGUAUGGCCCUGCAGUAUGUAGCCUGGCGGAACACGAUGCCAGAGAACACGGUCACGCACCCUGAGCGGCCCUGGGACCAGGGGGGCAUCGCCCACCUGGACCAGGCUGAGCAGGCCCGCAUCCUGCAGAGCCGUGAGGUCCCGCGGCAUCUCUGUUGCCGGAACCCCGAGUGGCUUUUCCGCAUCUACCAGGACACCAAGGUAGACAUCCCAUCCCUCAUUCAAACCGUACGGCGCGUGGUGAAGGGCCGGCCAGGGCCGCGGAAGCAGAGGUGGACAAUCAGCCUGUACCCGGGCAAGGUGCGGGAGGCGCGAUGCCAGGCGUCGGUGCAGGGUGCCUCCGAGGCCCGGCUCACCGUCUCCUGGCAGAUCCCGUGGAACCUCAAGUACCUGAAGGUGCGGGAGGUCAAGUACGAGGUGUGGCUGCAGGAGCAGGGCGAGAACACCUACGUGCCUUACAUUCUGGGCCUGCAGAACCACACCUUCACUGAGAACAUCAAGCCCUUCACCACCUACCUGGUGUGGGUCCGCUGCAUCUUCAACAAGACGCUCCUGGGACCCUUUGCAGACGUGCUGGUGUGCAGCACGUAGCAAGCGUGCCGCCCAGGCCUCAGCACGGUGGCUCCUCCAGCCAGUGUCCUCAGGCCCCCGACCCUGCUGUAGCGACUUCUGUUUGUUAUUUAUGGAGCAGGUCUGGGCCAGGCCUGGGCCUCGGUGUCGUCUCAUUGCACCUGGGGUGCGGUGUUUGCAGCACCCCUCUUUGCACCAGAGACAGGAUCCCCCCUUCUCCUGUCCUGACCAUCUGUACCCCUGGAGAAGUUCCUUAGCAGGGAGGAGGAAAUGGAGGAGGAGGAAGGAAAGAAGGAAUCCCAAGGAACCUCUUUGGCUAAGUGAUCAUGCUGUUUCCUACUGAGUCCUCCUGGCAUCCAGCUUUCUGGAAAACGAGUAAUCAUGCAGUUGUUGGGGUGGGUGGUUCAUCAGCUUCCAUCCCCCUGAAAUCCCCCGUAUCCCAGUGAAGGGAGUGUGGGAGCAUCAUUAAAUGAUGAUAAGCGUC